AUGCUUCCUAACAAUAACAUCCCACAAAAUAUCCCCGGACAACAACAAGUGUUCCAACUCCCACCCGGAAUGAGUUACGUCACUCAACCCGGACAACGUCUUGGUAUGGCGCCACAAAUCUUUAUACCUCAAAUGCAGAUGGCUGGAUUUAACCCGACACAGCAACCAAUUGCCGUGCCUGAGAGUGCGGAGAUGCUUGCCGAGAAACGAAACUACGUGAAAAUGCGGGGCAUGCCCAACCUCCAACAAAUGCGUGGCGCAACACAAAUGCGACCGAUGACUCGGGAAAACUUUCCGAACACUGUUGUGCAGAGAGGAGUGCAACAACCGAAUUUGAGAGGACAGCAACAGAUGAGAGUAGCGCAACAGGGAUUGCCCAGAGCGACUGGUAUGCACAUGAGAGGGUUUAAUGGGUUUAAUGGAUUCAACGGCAUGCAAGGGGUGAAUAGAGGGAUGCCUGUAGUAGUUCCGCCACAAAUGGUCAAAAUGAAUCAAAUGGGACAACAACAAGCCACUUUCCAACAAAUGAGACAAGUGCAACAACAACAAAAUAUGAUGCCUUUGAAUGGAGGGUUGGCACAAGCGAACAUCUUACCAAUCACUAACACUCAGAAAAUAACAAAUGAAAAGAAAACCCCAAUUGUCAGUGGGUUAAUGAAAAGAGAUGGGAAUACUACUAUCAACACUUCUUCACCUCAAAUUAGACAGAAAGAAGAAUUCAACUUUGGGAACCUCCAACAACUCCAACAACAACAAAUGCCGCAGAUGCCAAUCACACAAAAAAUGGGAUUUCCACAACAAAUCACUCAAGCAGUUGCUCCACUUGAAAUACCAUCCGAACCAAAAAAUGAAAACUGCGGACUCCCCCCAACAACGUCACCGAAGAUAAUGGGAACUACACACCAAAUGCAACAAAAGAGUGGA